AUCAGCCUAUGCGCCGGGUUACGCCAUUUUGAAAUUCUUAGGCAGCUUUAAAGGGUUGCAGUUGCAACAUAUUUGAAUGGACAGAAUUAUUUAACAACAUUGCAGUGUAGUCGUAUUUGUUCAUAUCGUCUGCUAUGGCAAACCGAAACCUUAAACAGGUAAAUAUCCAAAACAGCGCUUCACCAAAACCUCUAAAUCAGAAGCGCAGCACCGAUUCUCCAAUGGACCGAAGGCCAAACAUGGAGGAAGGAGCACAACCACCUUCUGUGGUUAGUCCAGGAGCUGAAAAUGACGGAGGCGAAUCGAUGGAGAUGACGCUAGAUUUGAAAAGCUUUCGCAGGCCUGGAGAAAAAACAUUCACACAAAGAUGUCGAUUGUUUGUCGGUAACCUACCAACCGACAUAACUGAAGAGGACUUCAAAAAACUAUUUUCCAAAUAUGGCGAGGCAAACGAAGUAUUCAUCAAUCGAGACCGAGGUUUUGGCUUUAUUCGGCUGGAAACAAGAACUCUUGCAGAAAUCGCCAAGGCAGAGUUGGACGGUACUGUGUUGAAAAAUCGGCCCAUUCGCAUCCGCUUUGCAACACAUGGUGCUGCUUUGACAAUCCGCAACCUCUCUCCUGUGGUGUCCAAUGAGUUACUGGAGCAGGCCUUCAGUCAGUUUGGUCCAGUAGAGAGGGCCAUUGUGCAGGUAGAUGAUCGUGGCCGACCAACAGGAAAAGGCUUUGUUGAGUUUGCCAACAAACCUGCUGCAAGGAAAGCGUUGGACCGCUGCAAUGAUGGAGCACUGCUUCUUACCACGUCACCUCGGCCCGUAGUUGUGGAGUUGACGGAACAAUUUGAUGAAGAAGAUGGCCUUCCUGAGAAGCUGUUGCAGAAGUCAGCCCAGUUUCACAAGGAGAGAGAGCAGACUCCGCGUUUUGCUCAGCCCGGCACCUUUGAGUUUGAGUACUCGUCACGCUGGAAGGCCCUGGACGAGAUGGAAAAGCAGCAACGGGACCAGGUGGACAGGAACAUCCGUGAGGCUCGGGAGAAACUGGAGACAGAGAUGGAGGCAGCCAAGCAUGAGCAUCAGCUUAUGAUGAUGAGGCAGGAUCUCAUGAGACGACAGGAAGAACUCAGACGUUUGGAGGAGCUGAGGAACCAGGAACUUCAGAAGCGCAAGCAAAUUGAGAUGAGACAUGAGGAGGAGAGACGCAGACGAGAGGAGGAGAUGAUGCGCCACCGUGACCAGGACGACAUGCGACGACAGCCAGAUGGUUUCAAGCCCAAUUUCAUGGACAACUUACCAACUAAUGUGUGGAAUGCUGCUGGAAAGGCCCUGAGUGACAGAUAGACAUGCUGACCAGAGUUAAGUCAUCCCAUAAGAUGGGGCCUGCCUCUAUGAGGUUAAACAAGGCCAAAUAUUUUACAGGUAAGUCUGUAUUUCCCUUUUAAUAUAUGUGCAGUCAUUAUGUCCUAUUAUUGUGUGUUAGAACAUUGUAACAGUUGGAUAAAGGAUCCACUGGCACUAUAACGUUGGCCACUAGAUAGAGCUGUACUCUGUUUUAAGUUUGUCAAUGAGUGAUGGCUGGCAAGCUUCUCCUGGAGAGAUGGCCGAGGCGAAUCCAACAGAAUCUGACAGCCUUCAUUGUAGUAGAACGCUUCAGUUGCACACCCUGUGUAGGUCGGCUAUUACAGUCUCAGAUUGCAUGUGAUGUACAGUUAGGUCCAUAAAUACUUGGACAAUGACACAAUGUUUGUAAUUUUGUCUCUGUACAUCACCAAAAUGGCUGAAACGAAGCACUUAAGUUGUUGUUGAAGUGUAGACAAAAAUAUUGCAUGAUCCUUUUAGUCAAGUCAAGUCAAGUUUUAUUUUUAAAGCGCAUUUAACAUGCACAGAGUGCAACCCAAAGCGCUCCACAAACAAGACACAUAACAAAAAGACGAAAGAUGCCGGAUGGAGUGGCGUAGUCGCCAGCGUACCCGUGACAUCAAGACAUGACAAAUGCAUUUAAAAAAUAACAAACACAAAAGAUGCCGGACGGACUUUAGGAAUAUAUAUUGUCACCUCGUUUUUGUGUCUCAAAACUAAUUGGACAGUUGACGGACAAGCAGUUCCAUUGCCAAAUGUGGCCUGUUACCUUGUUAUUUCAUGACAAAUUGAACAGAUAAAAGGUCUUUAUUCCAGGUGUUUGCAUUUGCAAUUAAGUACAUUCUUUAAAAUAAGGAAUGCACUGGUGAGCUCAGCAACACCAAAAGGCAUGGAAGACAACUAAGAUGUAGAACAUUCUUGGAGAGGAGGGUAUAUCAUUAUCAAAGUCAACAGCCAAGAAACACCUGCAUACGUACAAAUACAAAGGUUUACAACAAGGUUCAAAUCACUAGUAUCACGCAAGAACAGGGAGGCCAGAUUAGAAUGUAUGAAACAAAAAAAGGUAUCCCUAGUUCUGGAGGACAGUUUAAUCCAAGGUUAAUUUAUAGAAUGAUGGAAAGAGAAAAAGUAUGGAGAAGGAAAGCAACUGUUCAUGAUCCAAAGCAUACCUCACCACCUGUCAAACUACUGAGGUAGUUAUGGCAUGGGCAUGUCUUGCUGCUAAUAGAACAGGGUCACUGGUGUUUAUUUAGGAUUGAACUGCUGAUAAAUGUAGGAGGAUGAAUUCUAAUGUGUGCUGUAUGGCUACAUUCUCUGUUAAGAUUCAGCCAAAUGCUGUUGGAUUAAAGUGCAGAUGGAUAAUGACCCAUAACAUACCACAAAAGUAACCGAAAAGUUUCUCAAGGCAAAGCAUUGAUUGAGCAGCAAUUGAGCAUUAUUUUUUACUUACCUAACACAAAACUAAAGGCUAAAAUUAAACAAGUAGCAGUAAAGCAGUAAAGGCCUUGCAAAGCAUAUCGCAGGAGAAGACCUCUUUGUUUGGUAUUGUCUAUUUGUUCCAGGCUUCGUGCUUCCAUGCAAUAUUUUUGUUCAACCCCUUGAAUUAAAGCUGAGUGGUGGAGUCAAAAUAAUAAUAAUUUAAAAAAAAACUGUCAUUAUCCAAAUACUUGGACCUAACUUGUUAGACAUUUUUAAAUCUGAACUUUGUACAGAGAUUUGCUUAGUGCUUAUUUGUGAUGUGGAUGAAAGCAAUAAAAAAUGUUUGACACUGUG